AUGAACUUAAGCGUAAAAAUGCUUAACCUUAUUUUACUUUUAAUUUUCAUCAUUUUUGUUACUCCAUCUUAUUCUAAUAAUGAUAAAUUAUUCGGCCUUGUUGAGUGCCCUGGCACCUUUCAAAUUAAAAUUACUCACUUUUCUUUUAGUCCAAAUCCAAUUAUUAAAAACCAUUCCAUAGAAUUUGAAAUUGGUGGAAUUUCUACAAUUACUAUAGAAAAUGGUACCCAUUAUAGCUCCAUGACAUUUUGGAAAGAUGAGCCUAUGGGUUUUACUGUACAAGAUUUCUGUAAAGAAUGGAUUGAACCAAGCGGUGGCCGGUGUCCUGUUGCACCUGGAGAAUUUUAUUAUAAAGGCCGUUUUUUUGAAACUGUAGUACAAGAUGAAUAUGAUCCUAAAAAUGUGACUCUAACUAAAUUUGCGAGAAACAUUAGUAUUGAAACUAUUGCUAAUUUAUCUCCUACAGGAUAA